AUGUCGAGUCCAGCAAAACGGAAAGCUGAGAAAGAUAUAUCGCCACCAAAACCAAAGAAGACCAAGACGACGACGAAAUCGAAGACUGAGAUUCCUGCGUAUCAUCUCACUCCAUCAAGACAGGAUGAGUCGGGAGAGAAUGUCUGGCCGGCGAGGAAGGAGCAAAUUGAACGCGCGCGAGAGAUCAUCAGAGCUGCUGAAGCGCAAAAGCCAACAGUCAUUUUACCCGACAAGGAUGCAGACGGACUUUCCUCUGGUGCCAUACUUCAUCAUACUCUCACCGCUCUAGGUCUCCCAGCUGAUCUACUAUCCGUUUACUUCCCACCGAAAGGCUCUAAUGUACACGAUGAAAGCACAAAGCAGGCUCUGACAGCCAUGUCGCCCUCCUAUAUCUUCAUCCUAGACCAAGGCAGCCGAAAAACACCGCCUGUCAUCAAUUCACCUCACACAUGUCUCGUGGUAGACCACCACUUUGCAGAUGAGGGCGGGUUCCCAGAAGGAAGCGAUUAUGUGACUGCACACGACUGUCCACCUGUGGCAACCAGCGCACUACUGACAUACACAAUCUGCCUCCCACUUCACCCUGACCUUCACGACAAGACAUCAUGGUUAGCAGCACUAGGAGCCCACGGUGAUCUCGGAAGCAGCAUAAAGUGGGAACCCCCCUUUCCAGACAUGGUAGCAACAUUCAAGCAACAUCCUAAGAAGUCCAUCAACGAUGCCGUGGCUCUGGCCAAUGCACCACGUAGAUCAGCAGCAUACAAUGUGCGAGAUGCCUGGGAUGCCGUCAUCUCCGCGAGCAGUCCCGGAGACAUCUCAAAAGCCGACAAGCUGAAAGAUGCAAGCAUGGAGGUCAGACGGGAGACCGAACGCUGCACCCACACAGCCCCGAAGUUCUCUGCCGACGCUACGAUCGCCGUUCUGACUAUUUCAAGCGCCGCGCAGAUACAUCCCGUCAUCGCAACACGCUGGUCCGGCACCCUCAAGUCCAACAAACUAGAAAUCGUCAUGUGCGCGAACGAAGGCUACCUGCCUGACAAAGUCAACUUCUCGUGCCGCGUUGCGAAAUGUGCGAGAGCGCGCGAAGGAGAGGAGAAGGUCGACAUCAUCAAGAAGCUGGAGGGCAUCGUCGCAGGCGACGGAGAGUUGAGAAAACGGCUUGGGGAGAGCUUUGCGAGGGGGCAUAAAGAAGCUAGUGGGGGGAUCGUGGGGAAGGGCGAGUGGGAAGAGUUCAAGAAGUUGAUGGGUGUAGGGGAAGCGAAGAAGAAAGUAGGUGGGAAGAAGGAGGAGAAGCCGACGCAGAAGAAUACGCUGGGGAACUACUUUGGGAAGAAGGAGCAGAGCGUCAAGGUGGAAGGUGCUUAG